AUGUCUUUAUCUUUCAUUUGUUAUAAAGGCUUCGCAAUAAACGUAAGGAAACACGUGAAGCCUUCUCAUCGGUUACGAAAAUUAAAGGCACUACAAGUAGACGUGCCGGCAGAUAAAAGUUAUGGAACUAAAUUCCCGCCUUCGCGACAUCCGCGUCGUUGUGGGAUAUUAUUGCAUCCAACUUCACUCCCGGGACCCUAUUCAACCGGUGAUCUUGGACCUGAAGCAUAUGCUUUUAUAGACUGGCUUGAAAGUGCGAAAAUGCAAGUUUGGCAAGUUCUACCACUGGUUCCACCAGGUCGUCCCAUACCGGGUAUACGAGAUGAUUUUUGGUCUCCAUACAGUGGUCGUGACGCACGUUGUGGUAAUACCUUAAUGAUUUCUUUGGAUUUACUCGUAAAUGAUGGCUUAUUGAGCUCCACUGAUCUUCCAACAAGCUCUGUACAAAACAAUCAUGUUAACUUUCAAAGUGCUUCAGAAGUUAUUGAGCCCUUACUUUACAAGGCAGCAAGAAAUAUAUUAAAUAGAAAUAACAGUGACAAAUUACGACGUGAAUAUGAGGUAUUUUGUGAGCGCCCUGAUGUAAAGUUGUGGCUGAAAGAUGCAGCUUUGUUCGACGUGAUUGAGAAAAUCCCAGAGCUACGUGGGAUUGACUGGUGGGACUGGCCUGUUGGUUUACGUGAUAGAGAGAAAAGUGAGUUAUUGCAAGUCAGUGAAAAAUAUUCAUAUCAGCUGGAUGAAUUCUGUGCUGUUCAAUUCUUUUGGCACAGACAAUGGCUUUCAUUGAAAAAAUACGCGAAUUCGAAGGGAAUCUCUAUCAUUGGAGAUAUGCCCAUUUAUGUGGGGGGACACUCAGCAGACGUCUGGGCACAUCCACAUUUAUUUCAACUGGGCCCUGAUAAGAAGCCAAAAAUGAUUGCCGGCACUCCACCAGAUGCGUUUAGUGAUGAUGGUCAGCUGUGGGGCAAUCCGUUAUACAGCUGGACAAUGCAUAAAGAGGAAAAAUAUGCGUGGUGGUGCAGUAGAAUAAAAAGGGCGCUUGAACUUCAUGAUGAAAUUCGAAUAGACCAUUUCAGGGCAUUUUCAGCUUAUUGGGCAGUGCAAGCUGGCGAAAAAACGGCGAAAACCGGCGCAUGGUACAAUGGACCAGGUAUAGAAUUCUUUCACGGCAUUAAGUCAGCCGUCGGUAACUCUACUAUCAUAGCAGAGGAUCUGGGUGUUAUAACUGCGGACGUUACUGAACUAAGAGAAAGUAUAAAUGCUCCCGGGAUGGUGAUUCUGCAGUUUGCGUGGGGUUCCGACGGGAAAAACCCACAUCUGCCACAUAAUCAUUAUGAAAAUUCUGUGUGUUAUACUGGAACCCAUGAUAAUGAAACCUCACAGGGAUGGUAUUUGAAUCAAAGUGAGUUUAUCCGGAAGAAAUUGAAAAAUUAUGCACACGUGACCUCAUCAAAUUGUGCGUGGGAUCUCGUCGGCUGCGCAAUGGCUUCUGUUAGUAAAACUUGCAUAAUCCCCAUGCAAGAUAUCCUAAGUCUUGGAAACGAAGCUCGGAUGAACACACCUGGUGUAGCAGAUGGAAAUUGGACGUGGCGAAUCGGUUCUCCUCAAUUUUUUUCAAGUUUAGUUCCAGAAGCAUCGAAAUUAGCACAAAUGGUGAGUUUGUACGAUCGCGCUCAGGAAAUUGGAGAUAAUUUACAAAAGGAAAAAGUUGAUAUUUAA